AUGGCUCCGAUUAUUUCCUUCAUCAUUGGCUUACUGCUGGCCGUGAGGGCCUUUGCGGACCCGUUCGAGAAGCUCUUCAGUAUCCCCGAGGGAUGGACACUUGAAGGCCCAGCUUCAGAUGACCACUCGCUCAAGCUCCAAAUUGCUCUUCGGCAGGGCGAUGUAGAGGCAUUUGAGAAGAGAGCACUAGAUAUCGCCACGCCCGGCCACCCACAUUACGGGCAACACUUUCAGUCCUACGAGGAAAUGAAGCGUAUGCUCAUGCCCAGGGAUGACACGGUCUCUUUAGUAUCUUCAUGGCUCAAAACUUCCGGCAUCGGGAAUUUUGAAUUGAAUUCUGAUUGGAUGACUUUCACGACCACUGUUGGCGUUGCCAAUAAGCUUCUCAAUACCCACUUCUCUUGGUUCACCAGCAACGAUGUUCCACCUCGCAAGAUUAUUCGUACGCUUGAAUACUCUGUUCCGGAUGAAGUAGCCAGCCACAUCAACCUGAUCCAACCUACUACUCGAUUUGAGGCUUUUCGUACAGCUGGUCGGAUCGUUCAAGCUAUGGAUCAAGUCAGUGGCGACGCACUCGUCCCCUCUGGACCUAGUGGUGUAACCAGGGUCAACUGCGACCAGAGCAUUCUUCCCUACUGUUUGAAGGACCUGUACCAGGUAUAUUACACCCCCGACCCAAAGAGUGGAAGCAAAGUGGGAUUUGCUUCUUUUCUCGGGCAAAACGCCCGAUACAGGGACCUUGCUCAAUUUGAGGAUAUUGUUUUACAAGGUGCCACCAGCCAAAAUGUUACCAAGGUUCUGUUCAAUGGCGCUAUCAAUGACCAAAGCUCUACAGCCGAUAGUACCGAAGCCAACUUGGACGUGCAGUACAUAGUUGAUAUGGCUCAUCCCCUGCCGGUUACCGAGUAUAUCACUGACGGUCUGGGCCCCUUUAUCCCGAACCCGUUUGAACCUAACCAAUCCUACAACCAAGAUGAGCCAUACCUUGAGUUUCUCCACUCAAUCCUUAAGCUACCUCAGGAGGAUCUACCGCAGGUACUCUCCACCUCUUAUGCUGAGAAUGAGGAAAACGUGCCCAAGUCAUAUGCCUUGAGCGUGUGCAACCUCUAUGCACAACUCGGCUCCCGCGGCGUCUCUGUUAUCUUUGCUUCGGGAGACUUGGGACCAGGUGCCAUAUUUGAAUCCAACGAUGGAAAGAAGACUCCCAAGUUCCAGCCUAUAUACCCUGCAACAUGUCCAUGGGUUACCUCCGUCGGAUCCACAACUUAUCUCAACCAGACGGCCACCAGUUUCUCCUCUGGCGGUUUCUCCAAUUACUGGGCGCGUCCAUCUUAUCAAGAUCAUGCAAUUCAUCAGUAUCUCAAACACCUUGGCCAAAAGAACAGUCAAUACUUCAACGCUUCUGGACGUGGCUCCCCCGAUGUGUCAGCGCAAGGUAUUAAUUUCGUUGUUUAUGACAAAGGUAAAUGGACGUAUCAAUUCGGUACUUCAGCCUCCGCCCCUACCGUUGCUGGCAUCAUUGCUCUUCUCAACGACGCAAGAUUGAGGGCUAAACAGGCUCCGCUGGGCUUUCUGAAUCCUCUGUUAUACGCACAUCCUCAUACACUAAACGAUGUCGUGCUUGGCGGAAGCAAAGGAUGUGACGGCACUCGGCCGUUUACCGGUGUGCCGAACGGUACUCCGGUUAUCCCGUAUGCGGGUUGGAAUGCGACAGUUGGAUAG